GCAGCAGGCAUUACACCUAUACAAGACAACGCAACGGAAUAAGGCCCAUGGCCCAAGGCCCAAGUCCAAGGAAGCUCCAUUCUUCAUUCAAGGGGACGCGACGCUAACUGCUUAGCAUCCCGCUUUCGGAAUGAUCUGGUCCGCACCGCGACGUUAUGACAUGAUACAUUUGCUGGUCAAUUGAUUAUCUUGCGCGCCCUCCCUCACUGCGUCGUGGACUCACACCUCACACCUCACACUCUCCUCUCUCUCUCUGAUUCACCACCGCCGAGCGGUAUCCCACCCACACCCUGCCGCGCCUCUCUCUAUUCUUAUCCGAUAUCAGCUACUCCGACGACUCCGACGACUCCGACCAUCGCCAACACCGGCCAUGUCAUUUUCAGCAUUCAUAAACCCCGCGAUAUGACAUGACGACCGCCGAAACCGAAACCCAAGUCCAGGCCGAAGCAUGGCUACAGCAACCAUGGCUACAACCACCACCACCGCCACCUUCUUAAGGGGCAGCCGUCUGAGCUCUCGCCCCUUCUAUACUACCGUGCUGCUUCUGUCCGUGUUAACGGCUUAUUCCUUCUUGUCGCAUACGCAGUAUCGUGGUCGCGACCCGUCCGACGAGAGCCAUGCCUUGCUCAAGCGCAACGAGAUCCCUGAAUGUAGCGCCGUCCACGCUGCAGACGACAAGUGCGCAUUUGUGCGCCAGUAUUGUACCGAUGACGAUGCCGGUCUCAUUCCCUAUCUCGACCUCUACUACUGCACCUUUGGUAACGUCCGACCGCUGGCCUUCACCGUCCUGGUUGCUUGGCUCGCCCUUCUCUUCACUACCAUAGGCAUCGCCGCUAGCGACUUCUUCAGCGUCAACCUAAGUACUAUUUCUACCAUCCUUGGUCUAAGCGAGAGCCUGGCAGGCGUCACCUUCCUUGCCUUUGGCAAUGGGUCGCCUGAUGUCUUCAGCACAUUUGCCGCCAUGGGCUCCAACAGCGCCAGCAUGGCCGUGGGCGAACUCAUUGGUGCUGCCAGCUUUAUCACGGGCGUUGUCGCCGGGUCUAUGGCCCUUGUUAGGGAGUUCCGCGUCGACCGGAAGACAUACGCUCGUGAUAUUUGCUUCUUUAUUGUCGCUGUAUGCUUCACCACUGUUUUCCUCGCCGAUGGACACUUGCACUUUUGGGAAUGCUGGCUCAUGAUUGGAUACUAUGCCCUCUAUGUCACGACUGUCGUAGGGUGGCAUUGGGUCUCCACCAGGAGGAAGCAGAGGAGACGCAGGGAGGGAGAGGCCCGGAGCCAUGUGUAUGGUCCAUCAGGGCAUUCCGGCGACGAGCUAGCCGGCGAACCCUACCGAGAUGAUCCGGACGAUGUCGACCAUGGCACAUCUACAGCGUCGUCUCGCUCGCCCGACAUUAGUGCCCUUGAAGCCGGACCGAGGAUUGAAGUGGAUGGCCACAGGCCCUUCAUUGACAGUGAGGAAGAAGAGACCUCCAGUGAAGACCACGACCGGAUGGUUGCGGCUGAAGUGGCGAGUAGCAUGCGCGUUCUACGGACUAGGGGAAAGCGAAGCCACACCAUGACGCCUAUUCGGCCAAGUCUAGUGGGCGCGCUCGAGUUCCGUUCUGCCUUGGCCCAGCUACAGCGUGAGGGCAACUUGCAGCUUUCUACCAUUCCAGAUCGGAGCUACUCUGAGAAUCAUGUUAGCAAGAGGGGCAGGAGAGACACGACAAGUGUCGUCCUAGACACCUCCCGGUCUGACGGCCGUCCUUCCACCUCUCAGUCAGGGUCGGCAGCCAGACGAGAGAGGGCAUUGUCUCACGGAGAUAUCCCAGUCGGCGUGGCUAAUCCCGACCUACUAAUCCCCGGACGAGAUAGAUCGGACACCAACCUCUCGCUUCCUCAAUCAAGCAGUGUGAGGACUGCAAGCCCGAGUCCAUCAUACACCAUUGGAGGGAACCUGGCCCCUCCCCCCGUGGGCCAACCGGGGACCACAGGAGACGAUACCGACACUGGACCACAUGUGCAGCUACUCUCACCUCAACUAAAGUUGCAGAUCCCCAGCCGUCGCAGCAGCUACAGCGAUCGAUCAUCUCCAGCCAGCCAAUUCCCCAUGUAUACAGAUUCCCCAGCGAUGCUGUCGCCCAACCCGCACUCUGAGCCUUCUGAAUUCGUGGCCCCUGGCCUGGUAAGUCGUGAUAGUCCCUUUGCAGACUUGCACAUGGCGGCUGGUCAGCCCACGCCAGUCAAGUGGUGGCCGUAUGCGAUUCUACCACCUCCACAUAUUCUUCUUGCGACCCUGUUUCCCACGCUGCAGGGAUGGGAUGAAAAGGCCAUCUGGGACAAGUUUGUCAGUGCCAUAUCGGUGCCGAGCAUCUUUCUCCUAGUCACAACUCUACCUGUGGUUGAGUCUGAAACCACUAAUGAUGAUGAAUCACUUCUCGCUACAAUCCUCGAACCCACCGGAGGGAUCGGACAUUCCGCUCCACCCGUGUCCGUCGAGCCCCAGACCAUGGAGCCGGAAUCAGAAUGGCAGCGGUAUCGCAGGCACACGCUGAGCCGUUCCGAUAGCUACCUAGUCUCUCCGCUUGGAUCCCCUCUUGUGGUAGCGCUGGAGCGGGACGGGGCACUUGUGCCCACAGACUCGGAAUUGACAUUAGGACCACCUGCUAUCGUGAUGAAACCAGCAUCUGAAAUACCGUCUGCCACCACCUCCAAGAACGAGUGUACGGGCUGGAACCGGUGGCUGGUCGGAUUUCAGCUCUUUACGGGGCCAUUGUUCGCUGUCUUCAUCCUCUGGGCGAACAUGAUGGAAGAUUUCGAACAUCCCGGGAUGAUGCUGUUCCGAAUGGUGCUGUACACGCUCCUUGGCUCGCUUGUACUGCUUGGACUGAUGUUGAUGCUUACGACGGAGGAAAAACGGCCAAAGUACCACUACAUGUUGUGUUUCAUGGGAUUCAUUAUUGCCAUUGCAUGGAUCUCGACCAUUGCAGGAGAGGUGGUUGGGGUCCUCAAGACGUUUGGCGUGGUCCUUGGCAUCUCGGAAGCAUUGCUAGGACUCACCAUUUUUGCGGCCGGCAACAGCGUUGGAGAUUUGGUUGCGGACAUCACAGUAGCCCGCCUUGGGUAUCCCGUCAUGGCACUGUCUGCUUGUUUUGGCGGCCCGAUGUUGAACAUCCUGCUGGGCAUUGGCAUUGGUGGAGUGGCCAUGAUGAUAAAGAAGGCCAACCACAAACACCACCUGCACCCAGAGCUCCCCAUCGAGUAUAAGCCGUACAAGGUGCAGGUUGGCGGGACAUUGAUGGUCUCGGCCGUUACAUUGCUAGUGAUGCUCCUGGGGCUGCUGAUUAUUGUUCCAAUGAACAAGUGGGUGCUAAGUCGCAAGAUUGGGUGGGGAUUGAUUGCACUUUGGGCGGUGAGCACGGUGAUCAAUGUCAUCGUGGAAGUCACAGGCGCUUUUGGAGACAUGUAGAACAAGUGGCAUCUUUCUUCUUUCGGGAUGGGAACGGCCAGCGCAAUAACACGGCCGAAGAAAGAGCAACGGGGCACGAGUUUUUUCUUGUUUUGUACCGAUAUUAUUUGCCUAGUAUCUGUAUAUAUUAUCCAUUAUGUAUAUACUUCUUUUCUUUCUCUUACUUCAUUCUCAAACUUUUCGGAACACCAUUCCAACUUGUGCGAAGGCAUUACGAGUCAAACCAGUGAGUGCAUUGGGAGAAGAAAGAACAUCAAGGAAGCCAAUAUUAGAGAAGAAAUAAAAAAGCAACUAAAAUUGUACCAACUGGCAAAAUUAUAGAGAUGGCAAUUAAAUGGCAGAUUAAAUGGCAGUAAAUGGUGUAUAUGGCAGCUUAUAUGUGGUUAGAUGUUCCGAAAAUUGUUGCAAGUCCGGGAGUUGAACCUACAACCCCCCGAAAGAGGUUGUAGGCAGCGGGAGAGCUCAGAAGCUUAGCCUUGCUAAACCCGUCACUGCUCCC